AUGACACAUACAUCCUUCGAGUCACUUCUCGAACAUCACCUCUGCCUCAACAACCGACCUCCCAUGUCUCCAUAUACCGAUGUUAAACCAGCCUGUUUGUCUGACCCAAGGCAGCUCGUCUUCUUUGACUACAACUCACCUCUGCCGUUCUACUAUCCAACCUCUCCCAUGCUUUACCAGCCCCGGGCCCCGUCACGCAUGCUUUCAUCGCAACUGCCUUCAACGCCGGUUACAAUGACGGAGAAGAAGAUUGAGAUGCAGCACAACUUGCGACAACAGCUCGCCUCGCGCAAUAUGAUGUUUCCGCCGCUGUCUCCCAUGGGUUAUCCGCCUCAGCUAGAUUGUGGGCACCAAAUGCUCAAUAUGCCAGUGUACGGUGGUGGGCCUGGGUUUGGUAUGAUGGCGCGCGGAAAUCGCCGAUUCGAAAGCCAAACACUCUCGAUGCUGGACGAGUUUUGUGCGGCAAAGGGCAAGAAACGGGAGCUCAAUGACCUCAAAGGUCAUAUCGUCGAAUUCAGCAGCGAUCAACAUGGGUCACGUUUCAUUCAAACCGAGCUCAAUGACGCCACAAGUGAAAAAAUCCAAAGUGUAUUCGAUGAAAUCGUCCCCGACAAUACCUUACACCUAAUUCAAGAUGUUUUCGGUAAUCAUGUGGGUAGCUUCAGCUUUGGUCCUCUUCGUCUUGCAAAUGUGCUCGCCACAGACGCCCUUGUUGGUGCCAUGGAAGGCCAUAUCAUCUACCUCUCGUCCCACGUCUAUGGCUGCCGCGUCGUGCAAAAAGCUUUUGAAUGUGUAACUCCAGAGCAGCAAGCCAAGUUUGUCCAAGAACUUGAGCCCCAUAUUCUCAGAUGUGCCAAAGACUCGAACGGGAGCCAUGUCAUUCAGAAGGUCAUCGAGCGAGUUUCUCCCGACCGACUUGGUUUCAUCUCAACCUUUAUCGGCCACGCCUAUGAGCUUGCUUCUCAUCCAUUCGGCUGUCGUGUCUUGCAACAAUGUCUUCGUCACCUUCCCGAACCAUACACCCGGCCACUUCUCGAUGAACUACUCAAAGGUCAUACGUCCAAUCUCAUGCAAGAUCAAUUUGGGAACUAUGUCGUCCAGUCCAUCCUGGAAAACGGAUUGCCCCGCGACCGAUCAUCCAUCAUUACUCAGCUUCGUGGGCGCAUGCUAUCAAUGGCUCGCCAGAAGUUCGCCUCCCAUGUCUGUGAAAAGGCAAUGAUAUUUGGCGACUCAGACGGUCGCAAGGCGAUAAUUGAAGAGCUGAUGGGACCAGCUGUGCGAUCUGAUGGCCCGACGCCAAUUGGGUUGCUCAUGAAGGAUCAAUACGGCAAUUAUGUUCUCCAACGAGCGCUUGCCGUAGCGGAAGGCGAGCAGAAAGAGGCCCUCAUCAAUGUCAUUCGUCCCCAACUAGCUACUAUACGCAGGCAUGCGACCGCUUACAGCAAACGUCUUACCUCUAUCGAACGGGAAUUGCAGAAACACACACCCAAGCCCGAUUGUGCAUAA